AUGUGCCGCUUCAUGAUAUACAAGGGCCGUGACCCCAUGGUGCUUUCUGAUCUACUUACAAAACCUGCACAUUCUAUAAUCAACCAAUCCUUUGAUUCUAGGUUACGUCUCGAUAUGAGAAACCCCAUCAAUGGUGAUGGAUUUGGUGUCGGAUACUAUACUUCCAAGCAUGCUCCAUGUAUAUUCAAGGCAAUUACGCCCGCAUGGAACAACGUGAACCUCAAUAAUCUUUCCCGGUGUACGGAAUCCAGGUUGGUGUUUGGUCAUGUCAGGGCAUCGACUCAGGGUGUUUUGUCAGAGACAAACUGCCAUCCGUUUUCGUACGGAAAUAUCAUGUUUAUGCAUAACGGAGGAAUUCUGUGCUUUGAGCAGAUCAAAAAGAAACUCAUCAGCUAUAUAGAUGACGAAUUCUUUCUUCAUAUUCAGGGUUCUACAGACUCCGAGUGCUGCUUUGCACUCUUCUUGCAUGUCUUGAAACAUAUGGGUCACACUCCAGGCGCCAGUGAGGUGCCCCACGAAACACUUCGUGACGCCUUGUUACAGACAAUCACAACUAUCAAAGAGUGGCAGUUGGCUAUCACCACAGAACCUUCCCUUCUUAACUUUGCUGUAACCGAUGGGCUGCUGGUGGUGGUUAGUCGCUAUGUCACCUCAAAGACCGACGAGGCUGCUUCGCUCCAUUUUAGCACCGGUCUGCGCUUCUACGAGUACGAGCCUGGUCUCUUCAAGAUGGAGCGUCUUAACAGAUCUCAGGAUGUGGUUUUUGUAGCAAGUGAACCACUCACGUUUGAGCGUGGAGACUGGAUUUGCGUGCCUACAAACUCAAUCAUCACUAUAAGCAAAAACAACACUGUCUUGAUGCAUCCCAUAAGAGACGAAUUUUACGGCGUGGAAGAGCGUGAUUCCGGUUUGGCUCUCAGGAAGGGCCUCAUGGGUGGAGUCCCCAAACCUCCGCACCAAGUCGAUCUGGUGCUUCCACCAUUGGAGAGAGAAGGUCGCAAGAGUACCAUAAGUACAUAA